AUGAAGGAGUAUUACAUCAAUGCUAUUCAAGAUCACAAAUUCCGAGAAAUACACUGCUUCCGACUAGCAGUCAGACUUUGGAUUGGCCUAAGAUACCCACCCCAUAUCGAUGCGUUCGCCUUCGACAUGGCAUGGGAAGACAAGGCCAAUGACGCUUCCGUGGAGAUAGCUUUCACUGCUGCUAAUGAAAAGAGAUUCAAGCUAUUCUUCUCAUUUGACUAUGCUGGCAAUGGAUCUUGA